AUGAAGUCCAGCCCCACUAUCCAGGCUGCCAUAGAUCUCACCGCGGGGGCCGUGGGGGGCACCGCGUGUGUGCUGACCGGACAGCCCUUCGACACAAUGAAAGUGAAGAUGCAGGCCUUCCCCACCCUGUACAAGGGCCUCACCGACUGCUUCCUGAAGACCUACCACCAAGUGGGCUUCCGAGGCUUUUACCGGGGGACCAGCCCCGCCCUGCUGGCUUAUGUUGCCCAGAGCUCUGUGCUCUUCAUGUGCUACGGCUUCUGCCAAGAGUUCGUCAGGAAAGUGGCUGGACUGAGCAAGGGGCAACAGCUGAAUGAUCUGCAGAAUGCGGCCUCCGGGUCCUUGGCCUCCGCCUUUGCCGCGCUAGUACUCUGCCCCACUGAGCUGGUGAAGUGCCGUCUGCAGACCACGUAUGAAAUGGAGAUGGCAAGGAAGAUAGCACCAAGUUCCAAGUCGAUCUGGUCUAUUGUAAAGAAUAUCUUUAUGAAGGAGGGCUUCUUGGGGUUCUACCACGGACUCUCGAGCACUCUAACUCAAGAAAUACCUGGUCAUUUCUUCUACUUUGGUGGUUAUGAAUUGAGCAGGUCGUUUUUUGCAUCAGGGGGAUCAAAGGACGAACUAGGCCCAGUCCCUUUGAUGAUAAGUGGUGGAAUGGCUGGAGCCUGCCUCUGGCUGGUCAUAUUCCCAUUGGAUUGUAUUAAAUCUAGAAUUCAAGUUCUUUCUGCAUCUGGAAAGCAGGCAGGGUUAGUGAGAACCUUUUUAACUAUUGUGAGAGAUGAAGGAAUAUUAAUCUUAUAUUCUGGACUGAAGGCAACCAUGGUUCGAGCGAUUCCUUCCAAUGCUGCACUAUUUGUGGCUUAUGAAUACAGCAGGAAGUUGAUGAUGAGCCAGCUGGAAGCAGACUGAAAUAUCUUGGUGUAUCUGCCUCUUAGUAUAUGAACUUGAGGACUACAGCUGAGGCUCAGUGACUAUAAGACCAACAUGAAAUUGUUUUUAAUGGCACAGGAAUUUUCGUUUUAUCUUGCUGCCUUCUACUUUAAAUCUCCAACUUUAUAAACCUGUAUUUAUAUCGCAUAAUUCCUGUCCAUAAUCACAUGGAAAUAGAAAAUUUGCUGUUCUUCAUGUUGGUAAGAUAUGGAGAGUAAGCCUGUUUGCUGUGUAGCUCAUCUGACAGACUGAGUGCAAUUCUGUCAAGAUUUUGGUGUAAAUUUAUAUGUGUACAUGCUAUUUAGAUAUAUGUUGUGAGACAAUCAUUAUUUGGCUCCCUUAUUCUUAUAUAUUACCCAGAAUACCAAGAGUUCAUCAGGUUUCAUGCGGAUAGGUAUAAAUGAUUGCUUAACUCAUUCAAGAUGUCAAAUCUAUUAUUAAACCGACUUAAUGUAUGCAUCACUUUGGGAUGUUUAAUGAUUUUAAAAACAUCUUUAUGUAGUGCUUGUAAACU